GUGAACUUCACCCCACAGAGAUGUUGCUGAGAAAAUCACACCUAUCAGUCUCAAGGUACAAAAAAAAUUGCUUGCGAGGCACGUACUUACAGCAGGCUAUAUUUUUCUUUUUUAUAUGGUUAUAUACAGAACACUAGAUUUUAGUGAUUAUAUGACCACACACUGAUUUUCAGUGUUUAUAAAUAGGUUUACAUAUUUAUAUAUUUUCUUUUUCAUAUUUAUCUUUUCAUAUAUUAGAGCUUAAAGCGGCACGGACACACUGAACUUCUCAUAUUAUUAUUAUUUAUAAAGCGACAACAAGUCCUGUAGCGCUGUACAAUGGGUGGACUAAUAGACACAUAUUUGUAACCAGACAAGUUUGAUGCAACACACAGUAACAAAGAAAUUGAGGGCCCUGCUCAAUGAGCUUACAUGCUAGAGGGAGUGGGGUAUAGUGACAGAAAAGGUAAGAGUAGGGUAGAAAAGUAGGUUGCUAGGAUAGUAUUCAUUGAGAGCUUAGUGUUUUGUUUUGAUGACAGUUUCAGGAGAGGAAUCAGGGUGCGGGGAGGGGAAGCUGUUCACAGUUUUAUAUGCUUUACUAAAGAAGUAAGUUUUCAAAGAUUUUUUUCAAGUAGUGGAGAUUGGGUGAGAGUCUAAUAGAGAGGGGAAGGGGGUUCCAUAGGAACGGUGCAGCCCUAAAGUCUUUAAGGUGAGCAUCAGAGUUAGGAGUACGAACAUAGGUUAGACGUAGGUCUCCGGCAGAGCGAAGGGGCCUAGACGGGACAUAUUUGUGUAUUAGUGAGGAUAAGUAGGUGGGAGCAGCAUUGUGUAGAAAUUUGUAAGCAAAUGUCAGGAUCUUAAAUUGAGCCUUAUAUCUUACGGAAAGACAAUAGAGGGACUGACAAAGAUGGGAGGCAUACGAGGUGUGGGCGGACAGGAAGAUGAACCUCGCUGCUACAUUCAUUAUAGAGCAGGCUUCCUCAAAAUCCGGCCCUCCAGAAGUUGCUGAACUACAAUUCCUAUGAUUCUCAGCCUAUUUCCUUCAUAGAAUCAUGGGAGUUGUAGUUCAGCAACAUCUGCAAAGAGAACACCUAGGCAGUGAGAUUUAUUGGUAGUGCGGAUGGUUGUGUCCCUCCAAAUCAAUGGCACUGACAAGGGAGUAGCAAAGAAAACUUGAGGGAGGGAAGACCAGAAGUUCUGUUUUGGACAGGUUCAGCUUAAGGAAAUGAGCAGCCAUCCAGUUGGAAAUAGCAGAGAGGCAGUUAUAGACAUGAGUCAAGAGGGGUGGUAAGAAAUCAGAGAAGGACAGAUAAAUUUGCGUAUCAUCUGCAUAGAAAUGAUACUGGAAGCCGAAGGAGCUGAUGAGUUUACCAAGGGAGGAAGUGUAGAUUGAGAACAAUAGGGGACCAAGGACAUACCCUUGAGGAACUCCAACUGAGAGGGAUUGGAGAGAAAAGGAAGAGCCAGAGGAAGAAAUACUGAAUGAGUGCUGGGAGAGGUAGGAAGGGCACCAGGAGAGAGCAGUGUGGCGGCUACCCCGAGAGUAUGAGGGGUUUCCGUGCCUAAGCCGCUCCUUUUUCCCCUGUCCAGAGUAAUGCUUUCCAAUUUCCCAGGAUAGUAUAGCUCUUACAAGAGCGGAGUGAUUAUAGCAUGUAUAGCUGGUCCCUACAAUCAUGAGAUGAGACUCUAUGAUGAGGGUAAGCAAGGACUGAAUUUUAAUAGUGCCACACUGACCUUUUAUGACAAUCCUCAUGCAAUGGGUAAGCCCACAUGGACCUUGUUGGGGACUCCAACACAAAGACACAGACCAAUAAAAACAGUGAUUAAAUGCAUGACAUUCCUUUAACAAACAUACAAUCCCUUCCCUCUGCAUGGGAGAUAAUGGAGUCAGAUACUGUAUUAACUCAAUUAUAUCCAGGCAGAAAAAACAAAUUUUUAUAAAAUUCCAAAAGUACCCCAAAAUACAUAAAAUUCCCACAAUUGUUACAUGCCCUGAUAGCCUUAAUCUGGGUGACCAACAUAUCCAGUCUACUUCGGGGAUUCGAAGUAACAAUAAAAAUACCGAACGUAGAGAGUUCGUAUGGCCCUUAGUCUAUGUCUCUCCUUUGGGAGUUUGUUCUUACCGAACGCCGUUUUACUCCCAUUCGAAUGGCCGAACAUCCAUGGAAAGAAAGUAGUGAGCGGUGUUCGUCCCGCCGAGUGUCCGAUUUGAGUUCCAUGCACUCGACAACCAAACACCGCUGGAUGCGUUCGACUAAACAAGAUGGCCGCUGCCACCUGUUCGAAUGCCGCUUCGAGAGUUCGAAGUGCCGCUUCAAACCACUUCGGGAGCUCGAAGGGUUACUGUCCAAGUCCAAAAAGGCGCAAACAGUGUCUGUAAGCAAGGCAGUACAAAAAUAAACAGUAAAAGCCAUUUCCUAUGUCAGAGAAAGUACUCCUUCUCCUAGACACAGGAAAAGGAGCCGACUUAAGCUUCUCCUUUGGUAAAAGAAAGACAAGAGUAGAAAAAAAAUACAUAUAAAAGCAGUCCCUACUUUGUCUUAUGUUUUAAAGAAAACUAGAUCAGAAAUAAAGAAAACAACAACAAAUUCUGAGAGAGGAAGAGGGAACAAUAGGAGAAAAGUAAGUUUGGGGAGACAGUGCUGCUUUAAUAAACAAGGAGUCUAGAUCUUGCAACGUUGGGCGUAUUCCCCAACAGUUUAUGGAUGCUUAAAAGGCAGCUUAUUAUUGGAAAAGGUUGGGAACCACUUGUGUUUCGUAAGAACACUAAACAAUUUUGUGGCACACCAAUAAAUAUGCAACCUUUUUUUUAAAAUUUAAAAAGUGUAAGGUGAGAGUGGAAAUGGACUGUUAAACCAAACUUAUUUCAAAGGAUGUCACACUGUGACCUAAAAGGGCUGGUGUUAUAUUAUUGCUAAUGGCCUGUAAGUUAAAAACUAGCCAAUGGUGUCACUUUUUCAUCAGUAAUUUAAUAAACAGUUAUAUAAUCACAUGCCAUUUUCUAGUGUCCACAAAGUUCUCAGGCAGCUUGGCGCUCUUAGGUUUAUUAUUAAAGGAACACUAUAGUCACCUACAUUACUUUAGCUAAAUAAAGCUGUUUUAGUGUAUAGAUAAUUCCCUUGCAAUUUCACUGUCAUUUAGGAGUUAAAUCACUUUGUUUCUGUUUAUGCAGCCCUAGCCACACCUCCCCUGGCUAUGAUUGACAGAGCCUGCAUGAAAAAAAAACUGGUUUCACUUUCAAACAGAUGUAAUUUACCUUAAAUAAUUGUAUCUCAAUCUCUAAAUUGAACUUUAAUCACAUACAGGAGGCUCUUGCAGGGUCUAGCAAGUUAUUAACAUAGCAGGGGAUAAGAAAAUCGUAAUUAACCCCUUAAGGACACAUGACAGAAAUAUUCUGUCAUGAUUCCCUUUUAUUCCAGAAGUUGUGUCCUUAAGGAGUUAAACAGAACUUGCAAUAAAGAAAGCUUAAAUAGGGCUCUCUUUACAGGAAGUGUUUAUAGAAGGCUGUGCUAGUCACAUGCAGGGAGGUGUGACUAGGGUUCAUAAACAAAGGGAUUUAACUCCUAAAUGGCAGAGGAUUGAGCAGUGAGGCUGCAGGGGCAUGUUCUAUACACCAAAACUGCUUCAUUAAGCUAAAGUUGUUCAGGUGACUAUAGUGUCCCUUUAAUAGUUAUAAAAUGGUAACACGUCCCCCAGGGAUAAGGGCUAUGUCUUGUCUAAGAUUUUAUUUUUAUUGUAAAAACAAAAUAACUGACAAAAGAAUUACAAACACCAAGCCUAGCAAACUGAGCUGAUAAAAAUAUAUUGUUUUUCCCUUCAGUUUGGUUAAUUCAGAUAUUCCUUGUCCAUCUCUCACAAUAUUACCAAUUAAUCCUGGAAUAAACCCAAUACAGUCCUAUCAGAUUAAUCAGACUUUAUAUCGCGCCAAUGCUUCCCACAGGGAAUUACAAGUAAACCAUGGGGUCAUUUAUCUGGGCAGAGAGUCCGCAUAACCCAUAGAAACAUAGAAUGUGACGGCAGAUAAGAACCAUUCGGCCCAUCUAGUCUGCCCAAUUUUCUAAAUACUUUUAUUAGUCCCUAGUCUUAUCUUAUAGUUAGGAUAGCCUUAUGCCUAUCCCACGCAUGCUUAAACUCCUUUACUGUGUUAACCUCUACCACUUCAGCUGGAAGGCUAUUCCAUGCAUCCACUACCCUCUCAGUAAAGUAAUACUUCCUGAUAUUAUUUUUAAACCUUUGUCCCUCUAAUUUAAGACUAUGUCCUCUUGUUGUGGUAGUUUUUCUUCUUUUAAAUAUAGUCUCCUCCUUUACUGUGUUGAUUCCCUUUAUAUAUUUAAAAGUUUCUAUCAUAUCCCCCUGUCUGGUCAUGUCAGCUAUGUCUACUAUCCUGGAGCCCUGGCUUUAGUCCUCCAUCUAAACAUGGCCGCCACUCUCUCCGCCUUCUCCUUCCUGGCUGAACGGUUCGUGAGUCACCAGUCGACUCUCGCCGCUGAUUGGUUGGCGCUUCACUGACGUCACGUCGUGCGCCAAACCCCCAGACCGCUGCCAGCCCAGCAUCGAGCUCGCCUGGCCGCGAAAGAAUGUCGAUCCAGCCAAUGAGAACGCGCGGCUGGAGCAGCGGGGCGUGUCCUGGCGGGGUGGGAGACGGAGAGCCUCCCGCAGUGCAAUGUCUUGGUGUGAGAGCAGCAGCGGCGGCGAGGCAAGUAAAAUGGCGGCUCUGGGAGGGAGAGUGCUGAGUCAUUCCAUGGCAUGCGCUGCCCUGAAUUACCGGGUUACUCUGUGUAACGCCGAGCGGGGAGCCGCGCUGCUGCCAUUGUAUGCCGUGUUUUAUUAUGUUUUAAUGAGAGCGGAGAGGGAUGGCAGCGCCUGCUAGUCACACAGAGCCUGCAUGCGUGUUUAAUAUUCAUUACAGGGCCGGGGGUUAUUAUUUAUAUCAAUCAAUUAAUCUGUGUAGGAUUGCCUUCAUUACUGCUAACACCUAGCUCUGCACCGUUAUAUGGUCAGAAAGCCUUUUUGGCUGGCUGAGCGUCAUGUGUAUUGCAGCCCAGGACAUCUGAUCUACAAAAUACUGCCCAGCCCCAACCUGUGAGGGUAUCACAUGAUUUAUGUGUAAAUGGCAUGAUUUGGAACCCUCCCCCACCCCCUCCCCCCCAGCACGUGUCAGCAAGUCCUCUAGUAUUUGUGCACAAGAGCUCACACUCUCUUUUGUUUUAUUUUUGCCGGGAAAUGCUGGGUUAGCUAAGCAAAUGUUUCUGAAAUGGUAAAACUCAACAUCUUGGUGUUUUUUUGUUUUUUUUUGUAUCUUCUCUGCACUUCCAGAGUUAAUGCAAAUCAGUGCUAUGCAGCAGAAACUGCACUUAAUUUCUUUUAGAAUGCUUGUGGGAAGAGUUUACUUGUAUGGCUUCCACAGUCUAUGGAAGAAUUAGGUUAAUAUGUAAACGGAUUUAAUGUAAGUUACCUUGGCGUGUACUUUUCGUGCAGGUUGGUGGCACACCUAAAGCCCAUGCUGCUGUUCGAGAAACUCGUGAAGAGGUUUCCCUUAAUGAUUAAGACUUAAUUCGUUGACUUCCUCCUGCAGCAUUGGCUUAGGCGGGCACUUUUCGUAUGCUGGCCAGCAGCAUAAAGAGAUGGAUUUUAUCCAGCAUGUAGUUAUUUUAUGUACCGAAUAAUUGUUACUUUGCUUUUCUUUUUUAACUUUUAUAGAAAUGUACCAGUUUUCGUGAUAACAUAAUAAUCUACUUUCUUUGAAUAGCAGCUUCAGACAUGAAUAGGAUACGGAUCCAUGUUUUGCCCACAAGCAGGGGUCGAUUGACCCCUGUCUCCAGAACUCAGGAACCUUUGUCUUGCUCAUUUGCACACCGACCAUGCACUCAGGCCAGGUUGGAGGGCUAUGAAUUCUGCAUCAAACACAUUCUUGAAGACAAACAAGCCCCUUUCAAACAGUGUAGCUAUGUUUCCACCAAGAAUGGUCGUCGCUGUUCCAAUGCUGCUCCUAAGCCUGAGAAAAAGGAUGGGUGAGUGAGUCAUCUGGGGUUUUUUUUGUGUCCACUGAAAUAAACCUGAUGCAUUGCAUGUGAAUUUCUGAAUACAUGUAAUUUCAGUAUUGUAUACCAGACAAUGCAAACUUUUUUUUUAAAGAACUUUAUAUUUGUUCUGUAUUUUAUAAUGUUUGAACAACUUGGUUCUUCCAAGGCCAUGAACAAAAAAAAACAUUUAAAAAGCAAGGGAUCUUCCCAGGAUUAUUUUUAAAUCUUGUGUUUUUACUUAUUCCGAUUAUUUAACAAUUACAUGUUUGUGAGGUCUGUAAAAAUAAAACUAAAUGUAGACAUCUACUCUCCUGUAUUUAGCACCUGCUUCUUGGCUCUUUUAAUCACUAAUAUUAUCGCUAUUGAUAUAGCGUGAACAGAUUCAAUAGCGCUUUACAAUAUUAUAAGAGGGGGGAAAUUAACUAUAAAUAGGACAAUUACAGGAAUGAUAGAUUGAAGAGGACCCUGCUCAAAAGAGCUUAGUCUGUCAUUAUUAGUUAUGCCCUUAUAAAUAGGAAAGGACUACACAAAGAAAAAAAAAAAUGUGCCAAGACUAAGCUCUUUAAUGUAUUAUAUAUCACACAUUUAAAAAUAAACUGUCAUAACCAGAUAAGUGACAGUACCUUGUUCUUUUACCCCAGUUAACCUAUUGCAUGCAUGUUCUGCAUUUUCUCUAAUAGAGAUGUAUGCACAUGGCAUUGCAAGUUAACUAAUUCACAUAGGUUAUAGGAGUAGCUGAUGUGUAGAGUCCCACAAGGGGAAACCAACAUCAAGAGAGCUCCACUGUAUAAGAAAUUAGGAAAGGAGGCCCUACCUUUAAUCAAUCUAAGGAUAAAAAGGCUCCUGACGGCGUUUUGAACACGCUGAAACGCGCGUCAAGCUUUUUCUUUAAUCUCUGCACUUGGUAGCACAUUUUUGUUACCACUAUGGUUAUUGAUUUUUAGGUCUUUAUUUAUAACUUUAGUAGGGAGAGUUGGUUCAGGUAGACACUAGUGGUUAGACCACAGUGUCGAGGUAACUUUUAGGGUGAAUUGAGAGAUUUAUUUUUUUGUGUGAGGCUUUUCAUCUGCGUUUAGACCUGAUUACCCGGUCCCUUGUUGUCUGGGGACCCUGUGCCUCUUCUCUCUCCCUAACCUCGUUUACACUACCUUCCUGUCAGUCGGGCACUAGGGGAACUGGAACUUAGAUGCUAGCUAUUACUCCAGACAAUUCAUCCCCUGGGAACCGUUUAGUAGAUCUCCCUUUUUUUCAAGUUAUACUUUUUUGUUUGCAUAUCCCUUUUUAUCUUUAGAUUGAUUAAAGGUAGAGCCUCCCUUCCUCAUUUCUUAUACAGUGAAGCUCUCCUGAUGUUGGUUUCCCCUUGUGGGACUUUACACAUCACCUACUCCUAUUACCUACAUAUUUUGGAGAGUUACUCCCUCAUUGGAGCUCCCUAUUAGGUGGUUACAGUGGUGCAGCUCAUUAGCCCUUGACUUGUAUCCGGACUCCUGACCUGCACUCUGUUUACUUUAUUUCUCCAUUUUGUAACUAAUUCACAUGCUUUGCAUUGCAAAUCAUUUUAAAGUAAAAUACAUUUGAUAAAGAACUUAAAAUGAAUUUAGCUCUGCCAAUUGCAAAAUUUUACUUGCCUGUUAGAUUGUGGAAAAAAUGAGGAAGUGUCGGUUCUUCUCUAAAAGAAAAUGGAGCAUCACAUUAAGUAAAAUUAAUUUAAUACGAUUUAUGAUUUUAUAAAUGAACUCCGACGUCUUAGCAACUGUAGCUUUCAACUAGUGAUCUGGUGCCCCGUCCCCUGCUGGAGGAGUCAGAGCCCCGACCCGGUGCCGAGUGAGGGGGGACCAUAAGAAACUGUAUUGUAAGAAAUACAAAUGUGUUUUCCUUGCACUAUAGAAUAUCUUUAAACGCGGAGUAAAAUGUUCUCACAGUGCUGAUAUGUCCUACAACCUCUGUACACGUCCAGCAACAGAAAAAAAAUCAUAUGUAGUAAUGUCAUAUGAAUGAUAUGGGUGGGAGUAAGAGCGGGAGAGGAGUGGUGCUUAAAGGAACAGUAUAGGGUCAGAGAUACAAAUGUGUGUUACAUGAACUAUUUAGAACCCCCAUGCGGGUCAGUGGGUGCUGCCACCGUCCCCUUUGAUGAAAUCAUCCGUAUUGACCAUCUAAGCCAAUCUUUAUUGGCUGAGAUCAUUCUGAUCUCAGUCAGGGAAGUGGGGGCGGAACCAAAAGUCAAGCUGACGAGUUGGCAUCUUCACAUAGAUAUGCAUUGAAUCAAUGCAUCUCAGGAAUUAUCGUUCUCUCCAUGCGGAGGAUGAAAAUGCCUGCAGGGGCAGACUAUAUACACCAGAACCAAUACAUUAAGCUGGAGUUGUUCUGGUGACUAUAGUGUCCCUUUUAGGUAAAACUCCAAACAUCUAAAGCACUUUAACUUGCAUAAGUGCUUUAUUUGUGUAGUGUAUCCUCGUCCAUUUUUUAAUUUUACAAAGUGCAGUUUUCAAUAGAAAUUAGCACAUUUUUAAACUUUCCUUGUUAGUCACUUGGUUGUCAAUCUGACAACAGGUCCUGUUACUUCCUGCUAUGGUUAGCUCAGUGGAGCUACACAGAACACCCGCCUUGCAUCCAAUGGGAAGUCUUUGCAUUGAGAAGUCCAUGAUUGGAUAUCCAGAGAAAGUCUGAGUGGGGUUAGAAUGGGGACGGGCUUGCAAAGACUUCAAACAAGAAAUCUGCCACUUUUGCAAGUUAUUUGAUUAUACCCCAAUGAAAACAAAUUCAGAGUUAAAUGAAUGCAUGUUUUCGUGUAGGGUAUAUAUACACUACACUGCACAACAGUUGAAGGGGUAAAAAUUAAUGGUGAACUUGGCACGAUUAAAUACCAAACAAUUGCACCACCUAGAUUUUACAUACUUGACAAAGUAGAUGGAGGGGAAAAGAUGGCUUACAGUUUUGCUCUUUUCACUAGGAUAUCCUACUGUGCAGAGCAUGCACGCAGGAACGCAUUGGCCAUUCAGGCUCAAAUGAAAAAGUCCAAUCCUGGACCAACAAGCGAGUCUCUCUUAUACCAAUUAAGUGCUUAUUCCCGUAGUGAACUUGGUACACAGGCACAGGACAACAGCAGAAGUGAGGCCAGCAGGAUUCUUGGUAUGUAAUGCUUCGAUAUUUCACCAAAUUAAAUCUUUGUACUGCAAUGUGAUUUAGUUUUAAACUAUUAUUCUAACUCCAUUGGAACCAGGACAUGUUAAGGUGGUUACAGUUGAAAGGGAUUUGCCAAACUACAUAUACAUUUAGUGAUUAAUAAUACAAUUAUUACAUUUUGUUAGAUGAAGACAGCCUUAGUGACAGUGAACAGGACACUGUAACAGUGGACCAGACGUGGAGGGGGGAUCUAGACAGUGAAGCUGACAGUCUGGACAGUGAUCAGGAAGACCCUCUGAAGUAAGUACUUUGUGCAUCUUUACUGUUGUGUGUCAAACUGUUCUUAAUAAUAAAGGUUUUAAAGCAAACACCUCAGAACAUUAUUAAUAUUAUAGAAUGAUGAUUUGAAGGUUUAUUUUGAGUUCGUUUUGCCUCACCAUUAAAUUUUCUCUUAGGCAUGCUGGGGUAUAUACAGCUGAAGAAGUGACUCUUAUAAUGCGUGAGAAGUUAAUUCGUCUUCAGUCUUUGUAUAUCGACCAAUUCAAGCGGUUGCAGCAUUUACUUAAAGAAAAAAAACGGAAUUACUUGCACAGUUUGAAAGCUGAAAAUGAAACUAUUGGUAAGUAUAAAUUCUAAACCAAAAAUUUUGCUUUUACCAUUAAAGGGGUAUUCUAAUAAACAUAUCCAACUCAAUUGAGUGGUUAUACUGCCAAGAGUAUGUUGGGGCACUGUUUUCUGGUGGUUUUCUUUUUGUUUGUUCUCAUUUCAAACAUUUUUUAUAGUGACUUAAUAAAAAAAACAAGCUCAACCCAGAGACUGCCCUGUGUACAACCACCAAAUCAUUGAAAAUACCUAUAUAAACUGCUGAUAUUGUAUUUUUGGUACUGUUGUGUUCUUGGUGCCAUUCCCUGGUUCUUGAUCAGUUUUAAGCAGUUUAACAAAUUAACAAAAGUUGCAGGUUUGCAAAGCCACCACAGACAUGACAACAUGCAACUUCCACAUUGGCAAUCAGGGCCGCCACCAGAAAUUUUGGGGCCCCUGACUCAGCUCAGCGUCUAGGGCCCGCCUCCAAAUACCGCCCACAGGAAUACACAAACAUACACUGAUCCAAAAGGACACAGAUGCAUACAUACUGAGACAUACACACAGGCAUACAUACUAACAUACAUACAGACACACAUACAUGAGGACAUAAAGACACAUACAUACAGAAACUGACAUACAUUAAUAAUGGCAUACAGACAUACGUUCAUAAUGAUAUGCAGACAUAUAUACAUACAUAGACAUAUAUCCAUAGGCAUGCAGACAGACAUACAGGGACAUACACCCUCCUGUCUCUUACUAUUUCUUUGCAGGAGGGUGGCUGGGGCCUCUUCACUGGCCCGCGCGGAGUGAGCUGGAAGGAAGAGACCACUUUUUUUAUUUUAUUUUAUUUUUUUAGGGGCCCGGUCGCGCUAUACCACGGCCACAGCGCUGACCGAGCCCCUGAAGAUAUGUGGCCCUAAGUGUGUGGGCCACCCGAUGGGCCCCAUCAGCAUGCGGGCCCCGGUGCAAGUGCACCGGCGGCAGUUCCGCCUCUACACGUGGGGCCCCCUAGGCCUGUGACAACCAUUAUGGUUGUCACCCCCUGAUGGCCCUGUUGGCAAUAUCUGAGCAGGGGGAAGGGAUGCCUGUGCCUCCAUCACAAUUUUGGCUAGUCCGGUCAAACAGUUUCCCUAUUAACAGAGGGACAGUGUGCCCGCAAUAUAAUGGCACAAUAACUCCUUCAGUUUUGCAUGAUUAUGGUACCUAGCCAACCUCAUUAUUUUCUGUGUACAUUUAUCAUUUCCAUAAUAAAUGCACAACUAUGAUAACUUGUAGUUUUUAUAUUUAGAAAUAUAAAUUGUUUUUUUAUACUAAUUUAAUCACUCAUGCUUGGUAUUCUUUCAGAUGUGCAAAGAGUUUUUCAUUUUUAAAACACACCAAAAAAAACUGUAUAUGGAAGAGAUUACAGGAUCCUCCAUAAAUAAUUAUAUAAAUAUUUGAUGUGGUUCCUGUUCCCAUCAUAUGUUCUUGCAAAAGCUCAAUUUUAGAGACCAUUUGUGAUUAUUUAAUAAGCAAUUUAAGAGGCCACUUAAAGUUGUUGUUGAACAGUAAGCACACAAUUGAACAAGAUUCUUACGUUAACAUGUUCUGCUGGUUUCAGCUACCUGGUGUGUUCCUUAUUUUAGGGAGCAACCUGCUUACUGGCCCAGAGGGUCUUUCUUCUAAAGAACGUGAGACGCUUAGAAAGUUGAAAGCAUUACGACGCUACAGAAGACGUUUUGGCGUUGAGGCGCUACUUCAUCGACAGCUGAAAGAGCGACGCUUGUUGGCUACUGACGGAGCAUCCCAGCAGGUAGCUUUUAUGAAUUUAAGACUCUGUGUAUACUCGGACUCCUGGUUCCAAGAACUUGUCUCUACACCUCAGGUGGGAUUGGAGAUCUCCGCUGACCUUCAUGUUUCUCAUGAAAUCUAUACAAAAAAUAUGGCAGGGCAACUGGAUAGUGGCUGUACCAAUAGUGCUACAGUACAUCUGUGUCCUCUGCGUUGAAAAAGGGUGUCAUCUGAAACAUUUGAUGUGCACAAACAUGGUCCUUCAAUAUUCUGUAGCACUUUGGUAAACCCACUAUCCAGUUGUGCUACCCUAAUUUUUUCUACUUCUGUAUAUAUUAUCCCUAUUUUUGAGCUACAGUGGGAGGGGUGUAUGCAGCACAGGAGUACAUUUUGAUAAGCAUUUUGGGGGGACUGCAGUAACCCUUACCCUUUAUUUGUUCCUCAAGAAAAUGUGCUGUGUUCUAUGAGCAGAGACCAAUUUGAGACCUCUUGUUCUCCUCACACUCUCUGGAUGGGGCUGAGGGGCAACCUUAAACUGUUUCUGCUUCCAAAUAGUGCAGAUAUUUUGUUUUCCUAUUUGACACCAGGCACAGUGCUGCAGACAUGAGGAAACUGAAAUUUCAUUAUUUUGCUAAUGUGUGUCUGUUUUAAUGUUGCUAGCCUUGUUUGUCUAAUUCAGGUAGUGGGCUUUGAUAUGUUUCUAAAUUAUAGGAAAUUUGUCAUGCCUUUCUUUUAUGCAUGUAUAUAAAUGUCUGCCAUUUAAAAAUGAGCUUUAAAGUAUAAAAUAUUCUGUUAAACGGUAUUUAAUGUAACAUAUUUUUGAUUUCUUUACUAGAGCAUUGUAGGAUUAACCCGUAGUUCUUUUAUACAGGCUCACACAACGCGCUCCAGUCAACGAUGUCUGGCCUUUGUUGAUGAAAUACGCUGCUCUAAUCCUAGCCUCCCCACGACAAGACAUUGCUUGUCACGUAUCCUUUUGAUUUUGUGAUUUUACUAGAAAAGUGAUUGAUUGUGCUGGACAUUACAGACAAAAUAAAUAUGAAAAAUGUUUAAACAAGCCAUUUUUUUCGAAUGCAAAGGAAAAUUGUGGUUGGAAAUUGGCCCUGAAUCAAGGCUGGUGGCUUGCUGUAGCUGCGGGUUUCAAGCAGGAGCCGAAAGAAUCUCUUCCCAUGGUCUGUUGGCUGUGCCAGUAUUCUUCAGGGCCCAGCCAAUUCAGUUGGAAGGAACAGUAUUUGUUACUUUAAUAAUAUAUAAUUGCUGUGCAGCUAUGGUUUAUGUUUUACAUGAUUUGGGAGAGAGAGAAAGUGACAUUGCUUUAGUGAGUGUACAUAUAUUCUCCUUUUCCAAUAGUACUGCUAAUCGGAGAUGAAAAGUAACCCUAACUGAGCUCAUAUACUAACUUUCAGCAAUUAAAAAAAAAAAAAAUAAUCUUGUGGUGUCUAUGUCUCAAAUAAUUGAGUAGUCCAGUUUUAAUUUUGUACUUUACUCAAUAUCCAUAGAAUAUAAUGUUUCUUUUGUUAAAUAUAAAUGCCCACAGAAAAUAUAGAUUGCAAAAAAUAGCAUGGUAAACGCAAUAUGAGCCAGUGUUCUAAAAUAGUUAAAAUUUCUGAAUGUGUCCAGUAAAUUAUCAAACCAAAACAGUCUAGUUGUUAAAAUUUAUAUUAUUUCAUGCAUCCCCCUAUGUAUUAUGUGGUCCCUGUUGAGACAGCAACUUGAAAUUAUUAGUUUCUGAUCUACCCAAUCAUUAACGUUUUCAGGCAGUUUUAUAUAGCAAAGAAAAUAUAAGGAAAUUUUUAAAGUCAGUGGAGUUUUUCCAGUGAUAUUGCAGACGACCUUCCGUGAGUAUGCUUGAUAUAUAAUUAGUUUAUAUGAAAAUUAAAUGUACAUGUUUUUAACUGAAAAAUAAGAAUGCAAAAAUCUUACAUUGUUAACAUUUUGCUUAUUUUUUUCCUCUCAUCUGAUGGAAUCUACUACGGUUAAACUUUUUCAUAAAACAACAAUGUUCACUUUAAUCUAGACAAUGUUUGGGGUUUUUGUUUUCUUCUUACACCACCACGCUGUUUUCCCUAACAUCCUCAUCCAGAUAUCUGCCAAGACAGCAAUCAGGUUCUGUUCAAACUGUGUGCAGGUUCUGAAGAAGUCCCUUGUAACAAACCACAACCAGUCAGCCUUUCUGAAGAGCCAAGAUGUCCUCUUCAUUAUAGGUUGCCUUCUCCAUUGUACAAGUCUGAACCAGUUCUGACUGUUCCGGUGCAAAUGGAUGUGGCUCCUGUGGAGCUGUACAUGAGCGCUGCUGAGUUGCAGCCCACUGAAAAUUUACCACUGGAAUUCAGUGAUGUGAGUCUUGAAUCUUAUGAUUUACAAGGUCAAUUGGUGCAAUGAUUCCUAUGUCGUCGUCUCUCUCCUCAACCCCCCCCCCAUAUCUCAUUCUAAUUUCCUGUGAUAGGACCUUGAUGUUGUUGGGGAUGGUAUGCAAUGCCCACCCUCUCCGCUUCUUUUUGACCCCUCUGCUGACCUUGCUGUGAAGGAUAUUUCAAGGGCACCACUUGACAUACUUGCUGAAGAAUCUCAAAGGACCCCUGGAAACCAGUCUCUCCUGACCGCACAGUCUCUGGAACGUUCAGGACAGGUACUUUUAACUUUGUUCAUUCAACAUUAUACGGAAUCUUUACGCAGCUGUAGCUUUGAUCUCUCUGUGUUUAGGCCGUAAAGUAGUAUUCAGACAUAUUUCUUAAUAUUCGGUUUGAAAGUAACCAUUAUCAUUAGGGGAUUAGUUAUUACAGAAAAACGCAUGAUCAGGUUAUAUGGAGUAUAUACUUACAACUAAAUGUAUUCACUUAGUGCAAGUUAUACACUGUGUGCAUAUAAUAAAGUACCACUAAAUCCUUUAGAUAAGUUUUGCAGUCUAAAGGAAUUGAUGUCUGAGGUGCUAGUAUACAGCAAUACAUCUCAUUGUGUAACAUUGGUGCCCUAUAAUCCAUUUGCAAAGCCAGUGACACUCAUGAACUCUUGAUGUAGCUGAAGGAGAUGUCUGUAAAAAUGUUUAACGGUAGGAAAUGUAGUGCAGUGGGUGUUUCUUUAUUAUUUUUAAAGGUUGGCUAGAUUUCCUUGGCUCUGUUUCCCUUUGUCAAGACAUUGUUGGGUUGGGGUGGCUUACCACAUUAUAUCAAAUAGACCUUACAUAGCUAAUAUACAGCUUGUUAUAUACUUGUGCUCACUUUAGCAGACAAAACAAGAGAUGAUGUGAACAGGAGAUGCUUUUUAAAUGAACACUCGAACACAAAAAAACAAAUGUGAUCGUUGCCAUUAGUCAGAAACCACAAUUCUUAAAAUUGUCAGAUUCAGGGAUAGGGUCUACGCACCAAAUUCACUGCAUUAAAGGACCACUAUAAGGCACCCAGACCACUUCAGCUCAAUGAAGUGGUCUGGGUUCCAGGUCCCUCUAGUGUUAAUCCUGCAGCUGAAAACAUAGCGGUUUCACCGAGGGUUAAUCCAGCCGCUAAAGGCGCUUCCGCGAUUCUCACUGUGAAAAUCACAGUGAGAAGACGCUGGACGUCCAUAGGAAAGCAUUGAGUAAUACUUUCUUUUGGCGGUUUGAGUGCGUGCGCGGCUCUUGCUCCACAUGCGCAUUCGGAUCAGACGUCGACAGGGAGUGGAGAUUUCCCCAGCCCAGAGGGAGAAAGGUUAGUGGCUGAAGGGGUUUUAAACCCUUCAGACCAGCGGGAGGGGGGACCUAAUGACCCUAUAGGGCCAGGAAAAAAGUUUGAUGUAGUGGUUUGGGGGGUGUUGUUUUUUUGUUUUUCUAAGAGCUACAUUUUCUUGUCACUGUUUAUAUGGCACUGAAUCAAGGCUAGUGGCUUGUUGUAGCUACUGGUUUCAAGCAGGAGCCCAAAUCAACCUCUUUCUGUGGUCUGUUGGCUGUGCAAAACAUUCUUUGUGAUUCAGCUAAUUCAGUUGAAAGAAACAUUAUUUUUUUUAAUUUUUUUUAUUUUAAAUAUUUUCAUAGAAAUAUGGUUACCUGCUUUUGGAUCGAGCGUAACGUGGUUUUAUUCUAUUUUUCUCCAGAGUCAUAUGCAGACAGAUGGGGCAUCCUCUUUGUUGCUUGCUGACCCUUCCAGUGACCACCUGUUAUCGCCAGUGUUUUCUACACCUAAUGGAAAUGUGGACUCUUCCUCAUUCAGUUAGCGAACAGAGUGGAAAUAAGGGUUUCAUGCUGUUAAAACAUUAACUUCUAAACAACCUAAUGUGAUUGUUUAUUUUCCACCACCUUAUGGAAGCUAAAUAAAAUCCCUAAGUUCCUUCUAAAUGACAACUGGAUGGAUCUCAACUCAAGAUGGCCUUAUCUCUAAUACGUUUAAUGCCAGUAAAAUGUUUAUAUAUACAGUCAUAAAUUGAAUAACUCCUUAAAUGUUACUUCCACUUUUUUGUUAACCUGCUUUGCCAAGGUUUUCCUUUUUAUGAUUGGUACUAGCAUAUUAGAAACUACAGAAAAUGCACUACAGUUGCAGAGAGCAAAUGUAUAAAUCUAGACAGUGUCAGAAAUACUAAUGAAAAGUUGUUUUCUCUCCUUUUAAGGAGUAUUUUUACUAGUAGUGUAUUACAAGCUGGUUUCUGUUUGCACCAUUCCUAGUAUUAAAUAUGACUGAAAUAUUUCAUAUUUUAGGUAUCACAUCUUACAAUAAAGUAAUUGUAGUUCUGAUCAUUUUUAUUUUCUGUUCUUUCCCCUUCUUUUACUUCGUGUUCGUGUUUUGUGUUAGAAUGGACCCUGCAGUGCAUUAUAGUAAUAGCAUUUAAAAUACAUUUGACUAUAUUGCCUCUCUAUUCUCCCAGAUUUUAUAUCUUCAUUUUCACAUUUCUCAAUUACAAGAUUCAUAAGAGUAAGUCACAUUGGACGUGAUAAAGUGUGUGUCUUUGUCCUAGUGAAACAAUGGAUUUAGUAAUAAGUGAGGAAGCAUAUCAUUCCUGAUGAAACAUGGUAGUAUUUAAGUUGGUUCCUGCCAUCAAAGCAGAAAAGACAGAACUCUCAUAAGCCAAGUAUUAAAGUGCGACGUACCUUUUUAAUAAUUGUACCAAC